GUGACUGGUAUAACCAUAGACAUAUGAAAAUUUUCAUAUGUCUAUGGGUAUAACAGGCACACGAUCGUUAUAUCAACUAUAUAUAUGUAUAUGGGGGUGUUUGACAAUGAGUCUCUUAAAAUCAUAAUUCUUCAAGAACAAAGCAUGUCCAGUGUCCAGUCUUUUUGUAUCGGAAUUGGUUAAUAUAAGUAAAUACUAUAUAGUUCGAACAUAUCGAUAAUUGCAACGUAUAUACAUAUGUAUAUUAUAUGCGCAUGCACCGUUGGCACUGCAUCAGACGGCCCUGAAGUACUAGUGUUGGUAACAAGUGGCUGUUCUAUUCUCAAUCGCUCUGCGGAGCACAAAUCGUUUAGAGACCGAUGAUUCUUUAAACAUGCGUUUAAAGACAUUUUGAUUUGCAUAGAGAUGCUUUAUUUAUUGCACUGUCACUCUUAAGUUCAAGUAUUAUACUAUUUAUGCUGUCUGAAGGAUAUGGAUCCAGAAAACAAAAGCAAAGAUACAGUUGUUAAAGUAACAGAUUGGUUACGUGGAAUUUGGGAGAUGAGGCGUCAAAAUGGUCCGGUUCAACAAUGGAUAGAUUCCAUACCGUCACCUAUAAAAUCAAGCUUCUCAAUAAAAAAUGAACAUCAAAGGGAACUAACUGAAAAGCCUAGUAUUUCACUGUUACAAACAGAGCCUAAAGAUAUUCCAUGUUUUAAAGGAACAAAACAGCCAAGUAUGACUGUUUCAGCACCUAUAAAUGUUCCUAGUACAACAUCAACGAAUAAUGCAACAGGCCUACCAAGCUCAUUACCUCAUAAGCUGAUGCGUGAUCCUAGUUUACAAUCUGACAGUAGUCACUGCAGUAGCGUAGAAAGUUUACUAGAAUUAAGAAAGGCAGAUCCAGAAGCAAUUUUACUUGGACUUGGAUUUGGUGGUUGCUCAAAUAGCCCACAAGAAAAUGGUUCUUUUUCUCGAAUACCAAAAAGAUUUUUACAACCAUCAAAAUUGAAAGGAAUAGCUAUCAAUGAUUUUAUGAAGCAACAACAAGAAACUAGCGAAUCCUUUGAUUCUGUAUCAUUAGGAUAUAGAGGUUUAACAGGAUCGCCGUACGUAGCGCCCUCGGAAAUUGUACAAAAAAUUGUACAGCGCUUACGGGAACAUGAAAGUCAUGAACACGAUCCGUAUGCAACAUAUAAUUCUUAUGAACAGUAUAGUCCGUUACAGUGUAAUGGUACACUGUCUGUACUGUCUCCUGAUAACAGACAAUUUUUGGAACGACCGCGUUCAAAAAGUCCUGAUAUGCGUAAUAAGCGUAUGAUUAUUGGACAGAAGUCAUUUGCGUUCGGGCACGAUGGUGAUCUAAUCGAAAUUGACCCUUCUGAUGCAAAUAGGUCGCCUCGAGAUGACUCAAACGAUUCUAAUACUAUAAAAAAUUCGGAAACAUCCGAUGAUUUACAAAACAGCGAUACUAAUCACUGCAAAAUCACAGAAACAGAGAAAGUAAUACCAAAGCGAUUAUUGUUCGAGGAUAGUAUUGAAUUUGAUAACAUCGAUAUCGAUUCGUCGAUACAAACAUAUAAAGAGAAUUCAAAUACGCAAAAUACAAACUUUGAUGAAAAUACUGAUUGUAAAGAAGAUGUAUCUUUAAACGUAACUUCAUACAAUUUGAGUGAUAUCCGAAGGGCCAGCUCUGGAUCUUGCGAUACAAAGAUAGAAAAGGUUUCAUUGACAGUACAAAGAAGAAGAUACAGCGACGGCUUCGUUCAAACUACCGAAAAUACUAACGAAACUAAUCUGAUACGAAAAAGAAAAACUUUGAAACGACAGACUAGAAUAAGUGAUACGGAUACGACAACAGAUUAUUAUGAUUCAAAAGCGUCUAUUCCUGAUACUAUACAACACAAAGAAUUAGAAUGUAACUUGCAUAAAAAAACUGAUGCUUCUGAGCACAAUGAAAGUAUUCGGAUAAAAUUAACGGAAAAUAUCAAUGAAAAUGUAAACGUAAAAGCUGAAAAUGAAAAUGAAAAUCGCAUUAUAAAAUGUUCUUCACAUAUAUUUUCCGAAGAUACGAGUAACUGUAUACAAUCUGAUAGUAGCAGUAGUAGUUUAAUUAAAAGAGAACGGCAACAAGAUAACAAUGAAUGUUGUGUUGAGAAGAACCGGUCUGUAAAUCAAGAGGAAGAAACAACUUGUUGUUGUCAUACUGGUACUAAAAAAUAUUGGAAAAAGAUGGAGAAAAUUAUUCAAGAAAAUAAGAACUUGGAAAGUAUGGUAGCAAAAAAUAGGAGAGAAAUGCGAGAAAUUCGAGAAAUGUUAAGCAGCGUGUUAUCCGUACGAUUAGAACCUGGUUUUUAAUUUGGAUGUAGCAAUAUAGUAUAUCACGUAAAAAGGAUUACUCGUGAAAAGUAACAAUAAUUGAGCAUUAAAGUUUUAUGAUAUAUGUAAAACUUUUAAAUUUGUUACAGCAGAAUACAUAUCUACAAUUAUUUGUUGUAUACUCGCGUUCCAGAUAAAUAAUUGCUCUACAUAUAUGUAUAACGGAAACGAUUCACAAAAUUAUCUCAGGAAGUGAUAAGUACCAUAAAAGAUAUUGAUGCCAAUAUUUUAUAUACCAUAUAUAAACAUCUUUAUUUAUAACAGAGCUAUAAUUCGUUCAAUGAGAGAUCAUACUCUUACUUUUAACUUUGUGGCACUUCGUGAUCAUUUACACAGCGGACAAAGAUAUAUUCGAAUAGAGGAAACAAGUGAUAACGUCGAAGGUCGAAGCGUAUACUGAAUGCAUAUAUACGUAUAAGACCUCUGCCACUAUGCGCUUGCGCAGACGAGUAUAGUCUUUUCUUGAACGAAUAUUUUUAUGAUUUAAAUUAUGAAUAAAGAUGUAAAUGUUUUGUUAGAAUUUCAAAUUUUAUUUUUCAUCGAAUAUGAAUAAGAUCUAUAGAAUGUUCUAUAUUUGAUAUAACAUUUAUGAUUAAUGUAUAUUUGUUUCUAUUAUCACAAGUAAUUGUAAUAUUUCGUUAUGUUUGAAAAUUAUUAUUAUUAUUAUUAUUAUCUAUUUGUUACUUUCACAACAUAUUUUAUAUUUGCCUUGAAUGUUGAAUUUUCUACCUUAAUGUUACGUUAACAUUUGAAUAACUUUAUGUCUGUUUAAUUUUGUGUAAUAUAUAUGAAUACGUUAGAAUUCUAAGCGCAAUUAAAAUAUUGUUUUGUAAUUUUGCAUUUCAUAAAUAAUGGUACACUAAAAAUAAUGGCAGUUACAGAGAUAUCUACAUAUUGUCAGGACAGAAAGUUGGAAAUCUAGUCUAAAACAAGCUUUCACAGUAGCAAUGGAGUUUCAGCAAUAUUACUGUUUCUUGAUUGGUAUCUAUAAAUACGUACGACCUAAUUACUUACUGAUAUUUCACACUGUUUUGUGCGAUAUUUAUGAAGUGUUUAAUAUAUUUUAGACAUAAAUGAAAGAUGAAAAUAUGAUUGAAUCAAUACAUUGAUAGUAUUUUCAAGUUUGCUUUGGAUGAAAAGCAAAAAGAUCUGUUUUAUCGUAUUUUAACGUUUGUACUUUUUACUUUUAAAGGCAUAUGCUCUAAAAAGAUGUAAUGAUCUUUGAAAUUUACGACCAAGAAUAAAAAGAAAAUAUAAUUUUGUAUAAAAUCAACUAUUUUUAAUGCUCAAAUAUGUAUAUACUCUUCUUACUAUUACUAUGAAUUAAAUAAUUUUAUCGGAGUUGUUGAUAUUUCUAACAGAAACUUUUUCCGACAAAAUUAUAGAUAAUUAUUAUAAGAAUUUUAUUUGGACUCGUUAUUGAUUAAGAGUGAAUUUAAAAACUUUUAAGAUGUUACCAAAACUUUAUGUAACAAAAUUCUUACACUUAUUCGUUUGUUGCUUUUUUCCUUUCAACAUAUCAUUUAAUAUUAACAUGUUAAAAUUUGUAAUACAAAUUGUAAUUCACAGUAUGCGCCCACAUUCCAAUAAAUUUAAGUUUUACAAACAGGAGAGGAGCUCUGUAAAAAAUCUGUACAAAUAAUAUAGGAAUAAUGAAUAAACAAUUAACACGA